GAUUCUAUAUUGGGAAGCCAAAACACCGUGCCCGCUUACACAGACAGAAAGAGAACACAUAAACUUGUGUAAAUGAAAUGAAAAUACAUGACGUUAUUUGUCGGGUUGCGGGGGUGGGAUAAAGGCCUAGUGACAGAAUGCUUACGGCCAAUCAGUAUUCUGCGUGCGCUGGCCUGCUGAUAGCUCGUCCAAUCGGAGUCGGAUGUUGACGGAGCGUCACAAACCCACCGACCAAUAGAAACCUCACAGAGGCGGGUCACACUGAAACAGGAGUUCCCUCUAACAGUGGACUGAGGAUUAAUGGAGGGGUCUGUCUAGAAUUAUGCGAAUUACAUAGUGAACAAGAGCGAAUCGUUUUAUCAACACAAAUAAACGGUCACGGUGCCGAAAAGGUACGGGCAACUCUCCGUCCUCCUGCAGGAAUCGCGAACGCACGGUGAGAAUACGAGCUUGUGUCGCUCAAGAGGAAAGUCGAGGGCCUCGGAAGAGGACAGGGAGAAGAAGACGGACUCUCCGUGCUGUUUCAACGGACUGGAUCCGUCCCAGCAGAGCUGACAGACGAGACUGAACCAGAAGCGUUGCCAUCAGACAGCCACUGUUAGCUAGCUAGCGCUCGCCCGCUAGCUAGCUAGCUAGCUAACCAACUGACCAGCGACUAACAACCUCCAGACUUUAUUUCCAGCAGCGGAUCUUUGGGAAACUAUCUGUGAUCUGACAGCAGGCAGCGAUCGAGCGAGUUAUGAUCAGAGAUAGCUAGUGCAACAGCCUCACAAAUCGUAUGAUCAGAAAGAGGACGAGGUCUGAAGACGGUUGGCAUCAAGAAAAGUCGCUUUGAAGGAUCGAUUAUACCUGGCCUGCAAUCAUGGGCAACGCGCCCACCGCCAAGAACAAGGGCAAUGAGAUGGAGAGCGGACCGGAUCUUUAAUAUUGUGCGGCGAUGAUGUGAAGCAGUUGUACAGCCUGUAUCCGUUAAGGAGUUUCUUGCUAAAGCCAAAGAAGAUUUCCUUAAGAAAUGGGAGAACCCAGCACAGAACACUGCAUCUCUGGACCACUUUGAAAGGUUGAAGACUCUGGGCACCGGCUCGUUCGGUCGAGUCAUGCUUGUCAAGCACAAAGAAUCAGGCCAGCAUUUUGCCAUGAAGAUACUUGACAAACAGAAGGUGGUGAAACUGAAACAGAUAGAACAUACACUAAAUGAGAAACGCAUCCUACAGGCUGUCAGCUUCCCAUUCCUGGUGCGAUUGGAGCACUCGUUCAAGGACAAUACUAACCUGUAUAUGGUAAUGGAGUAUGUUCCUGGAGGAGAGAUGUUUUCUCACUUACGUAGAAUCGGACGGUUCAGUGAGCCUCAUGCCCGAUUCUACGCUGCCCAGAUAGUUCUGACCUUUGAAUACCUUCAUUCGCUUGAUCUUAUCUACCGAGAUCUGAAGCCUGAAAACCUGCUUAUAGACCAGCAGGGCUACAUACAGGUAACAGAUUUUGGAUUUGCUAAACGUGUAAAGGGCAGGACCUGGACACUAUGUGGCACACCUGAGUACCUGGCACCAGAAAUCAUCCUCAGUAAAGGUUAUAAUAAAGCAGUGGACUGGUGGGCUCUGGGAGUGCUCAUCUAUGAGAUGGCUGCUGGUUACCCUCCUUUCUUUGCUGACCAGCCCAUCCAGAUAUACGAGAAGAUAGUGUCUGGGAAGGUCCGCUUCCCCUCCCAUUUUAGCUCUGACCUGAAGGAUCUGCUGAGGAACCUGUUGCAGGUAGAUCUGACGAAGCGCUUUGGUAACCUCAAGAACGGCGUCAAUGACAUCAAGGGCCACAAAUGGUUCGCAACCACCGACUGGAUUGCAAUCUACCAGAAGAAGGUGGAGGCGCCCUUCAUCCCAAAGUGCAAAGGCCCCGGGGAUACCAGCAACUUUGACGACUACGAGGAAGAAGAAAUUCGUGUCUCUUUCACAGAGAAAUGUGGAAAGGAGUUUUCUGAAUUCUAGAAGCAGCAGCUGCAGUGGAGGAGAGAGAGGGAUGGAGAGAAUUAGAUUUGGGGCAACAAAGAAAGAGUGAAGCAAAUGUUUUCCAGGGAGAGAUGAUAGACUGGACUGAGCCUGUAUCCGGUAACAACACCACCACCACAAGAGCCCUCACACAUGAAUGGAGGGAGAAGAACCAGAGAGUCCUGAGAGAGCGCCAGCAGUGUUGCCUUUUCAGAUCCUUCAUCACUUGUUACUUGUCCAUUUUUAUGUUUUCCCUCUCGUUUGGUAGCCAGGGUCCACUGGGCAAAGAUUUGGUCACGUCUCUGUGACUAGCUGGCAUUGGGACAUGUGAAUUUUUUUUUGUUUGUUUUUUCUUCCAGAGAUAUAGAGGUUACUUUCUGGUACUGAAUUUUGGCUUCUUCAGAGAAAAUUACCCCUGUAUUUUUUUUUUAAAUAUUAUUAGCAAAGGUGUCCUUGCUCUGUAGUUCUCCACCCUGCCACAUACCUCCUGUGCACCUACCCAUCUACAAUACCAAGUCAAACCAACUUGCACUUUUCAAGAACUCUGGCUUUGAUUUUCAGAUAUAGCCCAUUUCUCAUUUGAAUUUUAAGCAUCACACCACCAUAAUUUGGUACAUUUUCAUACUGUGCUCGAAGUUCAGGCACUUAGUUUAAAGAUUGUUGGUUUGGACAGUCACUCAUAGUUCUCUAGAUUCGAUUAGGUACAAACUGUUUGCUGGACAUGAUAUAUCUAGAUCAAAUUAUUCAUUUCUUGUAGCUGCAAGUUUACCUGUAAGUUUUGCAUUGUAAAUGUCCUUAAAUGGCAUUUCCCUCCCAGCAGUAAACUUGUCAUGAGGAUAUAAAGUGUGUUAUAAAUGAGAUCAUAACACUUCUAUCAGUAGCACAUACAAGUAUACUUGAAACUUGAAAUGAUUUUUCCACUUUUUUUCAGAUGGCUUUCAUUUGAAAUUUUUCCAGAAAUAAAACAGAAAAGCGCAGGAAUCAUAAGGUGAAUUGUCACAAGCACAAAGGCUUGUUGAGAUACAGCUGGUUUAAAAAAGACAUGCUAUUUUUUAGAAUAACGCUUUUUUGUUUGUUUGUUUGUUUGUUUACAGGGUUCCUGGUGGUCGUUACAUUUUUUGCUGUGUUUAAAUGUGAUUCUAAGAAAUAUCCAAAUAAAAAGUUGAUUUUUUUUUUUAUUAUCCCUACUGAUACCGUCACCUGACUAGUUUAACCAAUGAUCAAAAUGAAGCUGCCUUUAACACGUUUUACUUUAGUUUAUCUCUAAAGCCUACUUGUUGAAUCUGUCAGUUUUCUGCGUCAAAUAAGCUAGUCACGCUAACACCCAGUCUACACAUGACGCAAGCAAUUUUGUGUCGCAACGCCUUGAGAUGGUUUACUCUGUAGGCGUGAAAGCGAACGUUCUUAACUGUUUAUUUGUCUUGUUGGCUGGAGAAGCACCAGCGCAUGCAGUGCAAAAUAGAACGGGCAUCCAUGAACUGUCGGCACAGCAAGGCGCGAUGCGACGAGCGCAGCUAGUGUAGACAGCAUCAAUGAUUUUAAUGGGAGCGAUUUGCUUUUGCCUAGUGGAGAAAGGGUGUUAAGAAGCUUUGCGUCAAUUAAUAUUUAAUUAAAAGAUGUUAUAGGCAAAGUGUGUAAUUUUGGCACCACUAGUGGCAACAAACUGAAUUGCAGUCUGAGUGGCCCGACUGAGAUGGACAAAACAACAUUAGCUCAACCAAUGCCGUGAGAUUGGGCGGAACUACCUUUUUUUUGACCAAUUGCAAAUCGGUAUUGUUUGAAACUUUUAAAAACGGUCAUUAUUUUUGCAGUUCUUUUUGGUGACGAAAGUGGCUCUGAAAUUAUCCACUUCGAAUUUAAUUGUAAGAUGCCCAAUAUCGCUCCUAGCAAUUAGGUUAUGUGCUUUUUUAUUUAUGAAGACUAGUGUAGCUUAAUUUUACAGAAUGUUUGCAAAUGACAGACUGGUGCCAGCUUAUCAUGGGUAUUUCAAACAACAUCUCGUCUUUCAGUAACGGAAGUAAUUAUUGGUCACUGAAUGCUGUUUAUUGAAGAUGAUGCCGUUUAAAAUAGCAAUUUGAGAUAAAAAUACUGUUCAUGUACAUUUUCCUCUCAGGAAAUGUUAUGUCACUGAAACCUGCCAGGUUCAUAGCCAAAACAGGUCAGGUUGUCACAGGCUUUGAUCAUUUGGGGUGAUGAAGAAAGUGAAACAACCGCAAGGCAGAUAUUUCACAAAACUUUAGGUUAUGUGUAGGUUUGUGUCUUUAAGCCUUCUUUUUUCCUCCCCAAGCUGUUGCAGAGACCUUUGCUCACCUGAUUUCUGGAGACAUCACAAGGGCCAUAAAAUAGGUGUACAAACAGGAGAAACAGCCCCACAUUUUGGUUUUGAAUAGCUGGAAAAGUGUUUAAGAAAGGCUUCUGUACAUUUUGAUUACUCAUCUACAACUCAUCUGCAAUGUUUUUGGACGCUAUAAGCAGUGGAAGACUAUCCUCAGCUGAUGCACUGAGUAAGAUAAUGUACAGAUUGAGCUUUUACCUGAUUUUGAGAACUGUAAAUGUGAGCUUAAUCAUGAUAUGGAAGGGUUAUAUUCUAAGCAGCAGUGAUUUGAACAGCAUUUGAAAAAAAUGUCAAGAUACUGAGAGAUGAGAAAUGCUCAGAUGCACCUUUCAUCAGUACACAACUUUUUGUCAGAGCAUGGAAAUAUGUGAUGAACGUGGCGGUAUUUGGAUGUGGAGGUCACCCCUCUGUCCGCCUGGUUCUCUGGGCCUCGUUCGUCCUCUUUGAGAUACAUGAGUGUCACUCAUCCUCCAGUCUUCAUUUACAUUGUCAAUCGUCAUUUUUUGUGUGUGCAUCAGUCCAUAAUACAGUUUGCCUUUGUACACAUCCAGUUUCCUUCACUCUUCUAUUUGCUUUUUAAAAAGAGAAAAAAUCAUGAAGAAAACAUUUGAUUUACUUUUGCAUAUUUUCUAAGUGUAUUUUCAAUAACAGGAGUCUCGUUCCUCCCGACAUGGGUAUGGUGAUGGUGUAGUCUAUUGUACCUUUUCGGGAAACAAUACUGUGUAUUCUCUGCCUUUAACAGUCUUAAUUAUUUUACCUUCUGGAGAAGUUGAUGGAUACCUGUAGGACACAUGGAUUAUGUUAAAAAUAAAUACACAGAAUAAUAUUUUGCAACAUGUAUCAUUCCAAUAAAGUUUUAAUUGUUAAAGUUACAAUAA